AUGGACGAAUACUUGCUGAGUACUAAACGGACAUUCAGGUGGUCAGAGGACUGUCAACAAGCCUUUAACAACUUGAAGUACCUCUUGUGUACCGCCCCCGUCUUGCGAGCUCCUGAUAUCGGCAAACCAUUUGUAAUUCAUGUUGACGCCAGUGAUAGUGGUGUGGGAGCGGUCCUCUUGCAGAAGAACAAAAGUGAAGUGCUUCACCCGGGAGGUAAAAGCUCAAUCAUAAAGAAGAGCAAGAUGCACUGCACGAACAUGCCAGUUACUAGAGAAAAGCUCAUUGAAGAACAAUAUAAAGAUCCUGAGUUGCAAACAUUUUAUGAUAGGCUUACUGAUACAAGUAACAUAGACAAUUUCAGUACCUGCUAUUAUCUCCAGUCAGGUGUUCUUAUGCGUAAAUAUAAGCCCUAUAAUAUAUCUGCAGACGAUACCAGUAAGAUAGUACAUCAGAUUGUCAUUCCAAAGCCCUUCGAACUGAUGUAUUGA